AUGGAGGAAGGGUUUGGUGGAUACCUUGAGGGACGUGACGGUGCUAGUGACGUUAUAAUUGGUGUCAAACUUGCCAAGGCCGGUUACAGUAUCGCAGUGGUCUUCAUCGCUUGUUUGCUAGCCGUGCAGGCAUAUUUAUGGGUCUACUGCACCGAUAUUUUGGAUAUCAGCCUCACUGUUCUCAAAGGUAUGGCUUUAUCCUUACCUUUGAUCAUUGUUCGUGUUACCUACCUCUUCCCUUCUGUUCUGAGCGGAUCCGACCUUCGAUGGAACAGUCUAGCCGGACCAAAUGCUCCGUUUUUACUGAUGGGGCUGCUGAUGGAAUAUACUGUUGUUUGUAUACACCUUGUCACGGGAUACAUAAUUCCUUGUUGGAGACAGAUACAGAAAGAUCAGCGCGUCCAGCUCACCGGGUCCUCGUCGGUGGAGGAGCUAUGA